AUGUUUCUGUUACUUAUUACAAAUACUGUGAAGAAUCUAUGGGACUCAUGGAAUAUCAGGGCGGUGGUUCUCUUAAGCCCGGCACUACAGGUCUUGUUGAUACUGCUUGCUCCUAUCAGAAAACGCACGACUCAAAGAAUAUGGAUCUUGUUCAUCUGGGUAUCUUACUUGCUGGCUGAUUGGGCCGCAAGCUUUGCUGUUGGACACAUCUCUAACGGUAGCAAAGACUCUAAUAAUCCUUGUAAUAAGGAAGAUUUAGUUACUAGUGUUGGACACUACCUUUCCAGCAAUAAAUUCAAAGUCUCUAGUUGCGGUGAUGAUAAGCAGAGAGACGCAUUCUCCAGCAAAACUGUUGACCUUUUGGCAUUUUGGGCUCCCUUCCUUUUGGUACAUUUGGGUGGACCAGACACUAUAACUGCAUUUGCCCUUGAGGAUAAUGAGCUGUGGCGUAGGCACUUUUUCAGCCUCAUCGUCCAACUUGUAGCGACUGUUUACGUCUUCUGGCUCACACUUCCGAAAAACAAGCUAUGGAUCCCAACAUUGUUAAUGUUUGGGGCAGGAAUCAUCAAGUAUCUUGAGCGGACAUUAGCACUAUUUCUUGCAAGCUUGAAUAGGUUCCGAGAAUCCAUGCUUAAAGAACCUGAUCCGGGGCCCAACUAUGCAAAGCUCAUGGAGGAAUACUCUUCAAAGAAAGAAGCUGGACUACCAACACAUAUAGAAAUGACUCCAGAACCAGGUAAAGAAUCAAAGCUUGCAGCUAAUGUGAAAGAAGGAAGAUUAAGCAAUGUUGAAGUUGUGACAUAUGCUUACAAGUACUUCAAAAUAUUCAGGGGUCUCAUCGUUGACCUUAUCUUCAGCUUCCGCGAGCGAAAUGAAAGCCGAAAUUUUUUCCAGCAAAGAACAGCUGAAGAAGCGCUUCAAGUGAUAGAGUUAGAACUCAACUUCAUCUAUGAAGCUUUCUAUACCAAGGUGGUUGUGGUGCAUAGUAAAAUCGGAUACAUAUUCCGGAUUGUAUCCAUUCUUUUCGUUUUGGUGGCCUUUGGAUUCUUCUAUUCCUUGGACAAGCGUGGUUUUGUGGAAAUUGAUGUCAUGGUCACCUACACUUUACUAUAUGGUGCCAUAUGCCUGGAUCUAAUUGCUCUCAUCAUGCUUUUUUUCUCUGAUUGGACUGUUGCCGCUAUCUAUACCAAAUGGGCCGAUGGGCAAUUAGGAAAUUGCUAUAUGAAAAUUGCCAACAGAUAUCUUGAUGGAAAGAAGUUAAGGUGGACGCUAUCUGAAGGGUUUGAAGAAUUGGACACGUUAAGUCUGCUUCGCAGGUGGUCUGAAUCCGUGUCAUGUUUUAAUCUCAUAGCUUAUUGCCUCAAGCAAAGUCCAUAUGCAGACAAAGGGCCUAUUAGACGUUGGAUCGAUAAAACCAUUGAUAAAUAUGGUCUUAGGAACCUUGUAAAUGAUUUCUCCUGUGGAGAAAAAAUUCCAACAAAGAAACUCCCUAAAAAGCUAUGGGAAUUUAUCUUUGAAGAGCUGCUAGAGAAAUCCAAAGACGCCGCAGAUGAUGCAGAAACUACCAAAAGGAUAUGCUCAGCUAGAGGUGCUUAUGCUAUCCAAGAAGGCUUUUGGGAAAGCGACGACCACUAUCAAAACAUAGCAAAGCCCUAUAUCGAAAAUGUUGCUUAUGAUGAGAGUCUUCUGUUGUGGCACGUUGCAACUGAACUCUGCUUUCAGAAAGCCCAAGCCAAAGCUGCAGAUAUUGAAGGAGGCAGUUCCGUUACCCAUGCCAAAACUGUAGAAAAUAACGGCCAAUGCCAUUUCAGCAAGCUCCUCUCAGAUUACAUGAUAUAUCUUUUAGUGAAGCAGCCUGACAUGAUGUCUGCGGUGGCUGGAAUAGGGCAAUUAAGAUAUCGGGAUACCUGUGCCGAAACUGAAAAUUUCUUUAGUAGGAGGGGUAUAAAAGUAAAACACGGUCCGAAAGUUGCCUGCAAUGCCAUCCUUGGCGUGGAUACAGAAGUUAGACCUGUUUAUGUAAAGGGAGAUAGAAGCAAAUCUGUACUGUUUGAUGCAUGUAUGCUGGCCAAAGAGCUGGAAAAACUGGGCGAGGAGAAGAGAUGGAAGAUAAUCAUCAAAGUAUGGGUGGAAAUGUUGUCAUAUGCCGCUAGUCAUUGCAGACCAGCUACCCAUGCAAAGGAAGUAAGUAAAGGUGGACAACUUAUUUCUUUUGUUUGGUUACUCAUGGCUCAUUUUGGCCUGGGGGAGCAGUUCCAAAUCAAUGAGGGCCAUGCUAGGGCAAAACUGAUUGUGGGUAAGUAG